AUGGAAGCUUUGGAACAAAUGCCCAACUAUGUGAAGUUUUUGAAGGAAAUUUUGACAAAGAAUAGGAGACUUGGUGAAUUUGAAACAAUGGCUUUGACUGAAGGUUAUAAUACUAUUUUGAAGGAUAAAAUUCUUCCAAAGUCGAAGGAUCUAGGCAGUUUCACAAUUCCUUGUUCUAUUGGUGGUAGAGAUGUGUUAGAGAGAUGUGAAGAAACAAAUUUUGUGCUUAAUUGGGAAAAGUUCCAUUUUAUGGUGCAAGAAUGCAUUGUGUUGGGUCAUCGGAUUUCUAACAAAGGCAUUGAGCCUCUUUGUUCUUUACUUGAGCAAAAUCAAGCUUUUGAGUUCACCAAUGAGUUUCAAGAGACAUUUGUGACUUUAAAGAAGGCUCUUGUAUCUGCCCCUAUUAUUGUAGCUCCCAAUUGGUCCCUUCCUUUUGAGAUAAUGUGUGAUGCUAGUGAUUUUUUUGUUGGUGUUGUACAUGGCCAAAGAAAAGAGAAGUUUAGAGCUUACCGUGUUGGGACUAAAGUUGUGGUGUACACAGACCAUUCCUCCAUUAAAUGUCUUAUUGUGAAGAAGGAUGCCAAACCAAGACUCAUUCGUUGGGUGUUGCUUCUUCAAGAAUUUGAUUUGGAAAUUCGUGAUAGAAAAGAAACGGAGAAUCAAGUGGCUGACCAUCUUUCUAGAAUUGGAGAUGAUACUGAGGAGAAUUUAGAGCAGCCAAUUAAAGAGACAUUUCCCAAUGAGCAACUCUUGGUGGUGAGACAAGUUUCAAUGCCAUGGUAUGCUGAUUUUGUGAAUUAUUUGGUGAGUGGGAGGACUCCACCUGAUGUGAAGGGCCAACAACUUAAGAAAUUCUUUAAUGAUGUGAAGUUUUAUUAUUGGGAUGAACCAUUUCUUUAUAAGCAAUGUUCAGAUCAAGUGAUGAGGCGUUGUGUUUCAGAAUAUGAGGGCAUUGACUUCAUGGGACCUUUCCCUCCUUCUUUUGGGAACUUGUACAUUUUGGUGGCUGUAGAUUAUGUAUCAAAAUGGGUCGAAGCGAUAUCAAGUCCCACUAAUGAUUCUAAGGUAGCGAUGAAGUUUUUGUAUAAGCAUGUGUUCACUCGCUUUGGCACUCCAAGAGCUCUUAUUAGUGAUGAGGGUACCCACUUUGUCAACAAAAUAUUGGCUGCCCUUUUAGCCAAAACGACUUUCAAAACCCCUUUGGGAAUGUCACCUUAUCGUUUGGUUUAUGGGAAAGCUUGCCAUUUUCCCGUUGAGUUAGAGCAUAGGGCACAUUGGGCCACCAUGAAGCUAAAUAUGGAUCUCCAAGCUGCUGGAGAAGCUCAGAAGUUGCAAUUGAAUGAGCUUGGGGGGAUGAGGUUGUUCUCUUAUGAAAAUUCUAAGAUGUAUAAGGAGAAAACCAAGAGGUGGCAUGACAAGAGGAUUCGACCUCGAGUCUUUGAAAAAGGGCAGUGGGUUUUGCUCUUUAACUCGCAUUUGAAGUUGGUCCAUGGCAAGUUGAAGUCCUGUUGGUCAGACCAAUUCACUGUGAUGAAAGUUUACCCCUUUGGAGUUGUUGAUGUGUGA